AUGGACACAUCCAUGGGCACAUCGACCCUCCCGGGGCACGUUCUUCGAGGCAUGAGGGAAACACUGCAUGAAUUUCAGCUAUCUGACUGCUGGAGUGUCUUACACCAUGCCGACAAAGACUACUCAUACUACUCCCCACCCCACAAAUCCUACUCUCGUACUGACUACUUUUUCAUCACCCACCGCCACCUAGACGACCUCCACUCGGCUACGAUUGCACCAAUAAUCUGGUUGGAUCAUGUCCCGAUCAUCAUCAUGCUCACGUCACGGAAACAAUGGGUCUGGAGACUCAACAAAUCACUACUGGAAGACGCACUACUCAAAGCUGAAAUAGAAGACCAACUAGAACAUUUCUUCCUCGAGAACACACCGAGGGAUUCCAACCCGGAGACGAUCUGGGAAACACACAAGUGUGCGAUAAGAGGCACUCUAAUCCGCCAAGCCAAUGCCAUCAGCACCCCCGAGAGACAUCCACGCAGACGCGGAGAAGGCAUUCGACAGGGCAGAUUGGCCUUUCCUGUUUGA